CCCAGAUUGCGUAUAAAAUACCGCUCGAUUUUGUAAAAUGUACUCAUUUCAAUGCGUUUCCUAUUCGCUCUAGUCCUCGGCGUGCUCCUGUGCCUGCUCCUGGCUCAGGAGGGCAGUAGUACCACAACUACAACCACAACUACUGACGCGACCACAACCACAACUACAGACGCGACCACUACCACGGCUUCAUCCGCCACCACCACCACCACUUCCUCCUCCAGCACCUCUACGACCGCUGCCUCCUCUUCCUCGGCGGAGGCCAGGAGGCGCAGACGUGCUCGCCGCCGUCGCCUGGCUCGUGAGCGCCGUCGUCGCCAGGAGCGGAGGCAGCGCCAGGAAAAGAGGAGGCGCAGGAUGGAGCAGCUGCUUGCGAGGCAGCGCCGCCUGAUCAAUCAGCUUCAGGGAUAG